AAAUGUCAGCUUGUUGCUCUCUCUUGACUGCUGACUUCUUCAAUUCUUUCGUCUUCUUUGUUGUGAAUCGUCCGCUUAUAUAAUAAUCAUUCUUCUUUGUUUAUACUUAUUACUCUUUUCCUCUGAUUUCCAUGGCGAUGGGAGUUCCUAGAUUUUUUUGUUUCUUCUUCUUCUUCCUUCUCUUCCCGAUUCUUGCUCAAUCUCAAUCUCAACCCACCAAUUUCAUCUUUGAAGGGUUUACAGGGCGUGGAAGCGAUCUUAGCCUUGACAGUGGUGCAACUAUCAAGCCUUCUGGUUUACUCAGACUCACUAACAGAUCAACUAAUGCUAUAGGCCAUGCAUUCUAUGUCAAACCGAUAGAAAUAUUUGACAAAAACUCCUCUUCUUCUUUUUCAGCUGAAAAUUCUUAUUCUUUCAGCACAACUUUUGUGUUUGAGAUAGUUCCUCUAAGUUCAGGCCAUGGCGGCUAUGGACUUGCCUUUUUGUUGGCUCCCUCUACGCAACUUCCAGGGGCAGAUUCCGGACAAUACCUUGGAAUUUUGAACUCGGGUAAUGAUGGUAAUGAGUCAAACCAUAUUAUCGUGGUUGAGUUUGACACGGUUAACGGGUUUAAUGGUGAUUUGGAAGAGGAUGGAAACCAUGUUGGUAUCGGCAUCAACACAAUGAAUUCAAACAAAGUAGAACCAGCUUCUUAUCAUCGAGGUAAAACAGAUCAGAAAGAAGACAUGAGGUUGGAAGGCAGCGACCCCAUCCAAGCUUGGAUCGAAUAUGAUGGAGAAGAAAAAGUUCUGAAUGUAACUAUAUGUUAUGCAGGGAAGCCAAAACCUGUGAAGCCCCUCAUAACUUACUCGGGUUUAAUCCUGACUGAUUAUUUCAAAGAAACCAUGUAUGUUGGAUUCUCUGCGUCUACAGGAGAGUACAGAUCGAGCUCUCAUUACAUUACAGGAUGGAGUUUUUCAUUAAACGGAGAGGCUCAAAAGCUUAAUGUUUCAGCACUUCCAAGAGCACCAAAGGAGAAAGAAUCGGCCCCGUAUAACGCUCAAACUAUUGCUCUUAUUUCUUCUUUAUGCAUUGUGACUCUUUUGCUGUUGGGGACAUUGGUAUUCUUUUUGUUCUAUAAGAGGUCUUCAACGUCUGAGAUUCUUGAAGAUUGGGAAAUAGACUGUCCUCACAGGUUCAGAUACAAGGAUCUUCAUGAAGGAACCAAGGGGUUUAGGGAAAGUGAGCUGAUUGGAGUCGGUGGAUUUGGUUCAGUUUACAGAGGUGUGUUACCAAGUAAUGGAAAUGAAGUAGCUGUUAAGAAGAUUACUCAUAAUUCAGUCCAAGGAAUGAGGGAAUUUGCAGCUGAAAUCGAAAGCUUGGGACGUUUAAGGCACAAGAAUUUGGUAAAUCUCCAAGGUUGGUGUAAGCAGAAGAAUGAUCUUCUUCUAGUUUAUGAGUACAUUCCAAAUGGAAGCCUUGAUUCACUUCUUUUUAAACCCAAGAACGGCUUUGUAUUGAGCUGGGAACAGAGAUUCAACAUUGUUAAAGGUGUUGCAGCAGGGCUGUUAUAUCUACACGAAGAAUGGGAAAAAGUUGUGAUUCAUCGUGAUGUGAAGCCUAGCAAUGUGCUAAUCGACGCUGAAAUGAAUGCUCGGUUGGGAGACUUCGGUCUUGCCAGGCUAUACGAUCAUGGAGAAAUGUCGCACACUACAAAUGUUGUGGGCACAAUUGGGUACAUUGCCCCCGAAUUGACUCGCACAGGCAAGGCCUCGGCUAGUUCUGACGUGUAUGCAUAUGGGAUUUUACUUCUUGUGGUAGCAACUGGGCAGAGGCCGAUUGGUUCAGGCACAUUCCUGUUGAUGGAAUGGGUAGGGGAAUGCCAACAGCUUGGUAGAAUUCUUGAAGCUGUGGAUCCAUUGCUGAAUUCAGUUUACGUGGUUAAAGAGAUGGAACUUGUUCUGAAAUUGGGGCUACUUUGCUCCCAUCCGAACCCAGAAUUGAGGCCUACCAUGAGACAAGUUAUGCGGUAUCUAAGCGGGGAAGAGCUCCAAUGGAGCUCCAUUGAUUCUCAACAAGGUUAUGAAUUCAGCUCCAGAUAUAUGGAAAUGAUUUCUUCUGAUACGUACAAAAUGUCGCAUGCUUCAUCUUCCAAUGUGGGCUUGUCUUCCAGUUCUAUAGAAAUUGGCAGAUAGUAGUCAGUCCUGCACAUUUUUCCUUUUUCCACCUUGUACAUUGUUUUGAGAGAUAAUUGCAGUUUAAAACUAUUUGUCCA